AUGUCAACAGCUUCCAUUCACCCCCUUCAAUGUGUGCUCUUCAUUAACCCUGGUCUCUUGCUUUCUUUCUUUCUUUCUUUCUUUCUUUCUCUCUCUCCGUUCUCCGAUUCUACUCCUUUCGCGUCAUCAAUCUACUCAUUAGAGCUAUACUACUUGAUCUUUCAGUUCCUUUCCUCGGGCCCUUGCCAGGAAGCUGCUCGUGCACUUAAACAAGAGCUACAACUUCAGUCUCUUCUCCCUGGUGAAUCGGCAUAUAGUGGUGCACAAACAUCAAAGUCAUUCGAACGCUUACAAGAGGAAUACCCGCGCGUUGGUGGUGGCUAUUUGCUUGACAUCAUUCGUGGUCUUGUCGAUCAUUUCAAACAAACCGGUGACCCAGAGACGAAUGCACGGAUCAGAAAGCUGCGCCAUGGCGAUGAGUGCUUGUUGACCCUCGCUCAAGCAUUUGAACCCGACGUGGAAGACAAUCGAUCUACAACAUUGGUGGAUUAUCGUUCUUUAUCCAUGGAUGAUCGUCGUGAUCUUGUGGCAUAUGAAACCUUAAAGGCCCGUGAAACCAAUUCCUUGGAAUGGCAUUCGGAUAUUAUGCAAACAUUCUUGGCAACAGCUUAUCAAGAGCGUGUUACUCUUUCGGGUCAUCGACAACAUGCCUUUUGCCUUGCAUUCGAUCAAACAGACAAACGCAUUAUUACGGGGAGUGAUGAUACACUUGUCAAGGUGUGGGAUGCAAGAAGUGGACAUCUCAUCCAUACGAUCAGAGGACAUAAGAAUGUUAUCACCGACAUUGCCAUCAAUGAAGAGAAUACACUGAUCGCUACUGCUUCGUCCGAUGGAUACGUGCGAGUAUGGGCAAUGUCAGACUUUGCUCCUAUUGCUACUCUCAAAUCUGGUGCAACGCGCAAACCCUUCACCACAGUGAAAUUUUCACCUUCUCCCUCACCCGACACACGUUAUUUGAUGGCAACUAGUGAGGAUGGCUCAGUACGGUUAUGGAAAUGGGACAAGGACACGCUGCAAUUCUUGGAUGUCGAAUCACCUAUUGCUUUUUACUGCAAAUACAAGGGCACGGAUCGAGCACGUUGUUCUUCUUUCAAUUAUACCGGCACACGAUUUGCUGUCGGCGGUGAUGAUGGAUUUGUGUAUAUCUUUACAACCGUAAAAUCGGAUGCUGCUGGUCAGUCUCAAUUACCUGCUGCCGCCGCUGCCACCACUAGCAGCCAAUCCAGUAUCCCCACAAGCCAAGAUCCAAAUGAUCCACAACGUGGUGGACGUGGUCGUAGACGCAUUGCCAGUGCUUUAUUCCCAGUCAAGAAUGCUAUCGUGGAGGAACAAGCUGUGGUGCCUAUAGCACAUUUGGAAGGUCAUCGUGGCAGUGUGACUGAUUUGGCAUACAAUCAUCAAGGCGAUCGGAUAUUGAGCGGGUCUCAAGAUGGCACAGCACGGAUAUGGAAGUACAAUGCAGUAGAAGAAAAAUGGGAAUCCUUUGUCCUUGAUAUCAAAAAAGAGCACCAUAAUCCAAUCAUUGUCACUGACCGGAUACCUCCUUUAUCACACAAUGGCAACACGGCAGAGGAAACAAAGAAUGAUGAAGAAGGCCAAACCUUGCCUCCACUCGACAACAAUGAACGACCCCCUCCAAAAGAAUCAACUCUAUCAGAUGUUCCAGACAACACCAACAACAAUGAAAACCAAGCAGCACCUAUCAUGGACGGCCUCGAGUUUCAAGAACCUCCCAAAGUAUCCAUGAUUACUUGGACGGCGGAUGACAUGCAAUGUAUCGUGGCAACCACACAUGGCGACAUUCGAGUGUAUCAAGCCUAUACCGGCAAACUUUAUUGUAUACUUCGAGGACACACGAAUGAGGUGUAUGCUGUUGAUAGCCAUCCAACAAUUCCAGGACUCGUCAUAUCAGCCGGCUAUGAUGGUCGCAUUAUACUUUGGGAUUUGGAUAAGCGGUUAAUGAUCAAAUGCGAAUAUUUUCAACGCAUCUUUCUCGAUUGCAAGUUUUCACAUGAUGGUCAUCAGUAUGCCGUGACAGAUGAAGAUGGCAGCUGCACUCUUUUCAGCGUCGACUCGAAUUGUUCGGAUUAUGAUCAAGUCAAUACUUGGACACGGGGUCAAUUCUUUUACAGCGAUUACCUUCCACUUGUCAUCCAAGAUGGCAUUGUCCUUGACGAACAAUCAAUGACACCUCCACAUGCCUUUCCUUAUACCCAGAUUGUCAGCAUGACUGGCGUUGCUUAUUCUCGACAAAAGUUAGAAGGCUAUGGCCGUGACAUUGAGAUCACCAAUGCAGAAAUGGAAACCAAAUAUGAACGAUUAUUGAGCUCUUACAGAAUUGAAGAACGAGAGAUCAAAAAGAGCAAGCCAAUUGUGCCAGCUAUUCUUGACAGAACCCAUGUUGCCAGAAUACGCAAAGAAUUCGUGAGAACCAUUGAGGAAGAAGAGCCUGAGCCGAUUAUACCUGAAGUUGCUCCACCACCUCCAGUAUUACCCAUGUUACUUCCUGAUGACCCUGAUGAUGAGGAUUAUGAUGAGAAUUUGCAUGCAGGCGGGGACACAUCAGAAGAAAGUGAUGGUGCCAUGUCAGAAAACAAUUAUGCAGCUGAGGAUGAAAACGAGAAUGAAGGUGAAGAAGAGGAGAGUUCAGUGAGACGCACUCGUUAUGGACGACGUACAAGACGCCCAUCAUCAUCAACAACAACAUUUGUCAGUGGACCUGUACGAUCGACAUCACCUAUCAACACGCGAAGAGCACGUCAUUAUGGCCGUACGACAAGAAGUCGCACUGCAACUUCUGGUGGUGGUGCAAGCAAUGAAAUGCGUAUCACACGCAGCAGCAGACGGCGUAUUCAUGAAGAUUCAUCUUUACAAAGUGAUGAAGCACCCUCUGAUAAUGAUGAACAACCUAUACAACCACGACGCCAUCGAGAUUUACCUCGUCAUGAUUAUCGUGAAAGUGCUGAUGAAGAGUCUGAGGAGGAAUCCGAAGAAGAAGAAGAAGAGCAGCAGCGGGAGGAGGAGGAUGAAGAAGAAGAUCGAGCCGUCAAUGUGGAAGGAUCCGAAAGUGAUGAUGAGGAUAUCAGAGCACCUAGAACAUCCAAAAGAAAGCGACAAAUCAUAUCAACCGAUGAGAGUGGAAGCGAUGACAACUUUGCUGAAUCAUCCAGUCGAGCUGCUAAACGUCAACCUGUUGGAAAGCACAAACCUGAAAGAGCACAUGCUACCACACGUCAAGCAGCAACAGGAGGUCGUCAAAAGCCACGCGCCUUAAGGGUGGAUGAAAUCCCUGCGUAUGAACCACGAGAAUGGCUAUUGACAACAGGACGUAACGUGCUCAAGUAUCAUCCUCAAGUGGGCGACAAUGUGGCAGUGAUUGUUCAAGGCCAUCGUGAUUAUUGGCACUCGUCAAAGCUCAAGGACAUGUUUGAUGAAAACCAUGGUCCUAUCCAAUCCCAUGACCCUGUCGUCUUUGGCACUGUCAAGAAAAUCAUUUGGCGAGUGGGCCCACCUACCUAUUGUCAGCUAAAGCUCGAACUCAAGGAACUUGUGAAUGCGCGGGAUGUCCUUAUUCAUGGCCAAGAGCCGACAUGGAUCGAUAAGCGAGGCGAGGUGAUUAUUGAUUAUAGCGAUGAGGAUGGUACACCCGAGUUCCUGGUACUUUGGGAGCAGUUUUUGGCGUCCAUGCAAGUCUUUAAUACGCUCAAGGUGGGAGAAAGAGUGGAUGCUUUGUACGAUGUGGGCAAGUACACCGGCACCGUUUCUCAAGUCAAGCGAGAUAUCAGUGACACUUUACGUAAUGCACCCAGUAUUCCUAAUCCCUGGCAACGGUAUCACAUUAUAUGGGAUGAUGAGGAAUCAACGCCCGAAGAUCUUAGCCCGUGGGAAAUUGUGCCAGCCGGACAAGAUUUCAACGCAAUGUACAAUGUGGGUCCAGAGCUUUCACCUCAAGAUAAACGACGAGCACGCGAGAUUCUCGAUUGGCUGAUGAAUAAUGAAGAAUUCCAACUCUAUGUGGAACCCGUUGACUAUUAUUCCUAUCGACAAUACCUAUCUCUUAUUGCAUAUCCGAUAUGCUUGCAAACCGUAUCCGAGCGUCUGGAAGGCAAUUUCUAUAGGAGUAAACAGGCUCUCAUAGAUGAUGUUGAUCUUAUUCGAAAGAAUGCAACCACGUUCAAUGACAGCCAAUCGAUUGCAUACAAGAACGCAAACCGACUUGCCACCUUUUUCAAGAACCGGUUCAAAAAUCCAAGGAUGGCUAUAUCAAUGGGCCGCUCCACAAGAAGUACAAAACAAGGAACGGAUGAUGAAGACUACAAAGAUGAGGGAGAAGUGCCUGAGGAUGAUGACGUUUUACCACGAGACGAGGUGGAAGAGGAAAGUCCAAACGACUUGAACAACGACAGCAACUUUGUAGUUGACGACGACGAUGAUGACAGCAGCUAUAAGAGCGACUAA